GGAGUUGUCGAGCCAGCGUGGUCUAGACCCUGCGUGGCCUAGCUCAGGCCCCAACAGCAGUCUUGGGUCGGAGCUGCCUGUGGGGCAGCCACAGGGACCUCAGCCAUGAACGGCACGGAGGGCCCCAACUUCUACGUGCCCUUCUCCAACAAGACGGGCGUGGUGCGCAGCCCCUUCGAGUACCCGCAGUACUACCUGGCCGAGCCCUGGCAGUUCUCCAUGCUGGCCGCCUACAUGUUCCUGCUGAUCGUGCUUGGCUUCCCCAUCAACUUCCUCACACUCUAUGUCACAGUUCAGCACAAGAAGCUGCGCACACCUCUCAACUACAUCCUGCUCAACCUGGCCGUGGCCGACCUCUUCAUGGUCUUUGGAGGCUUCACCACCACCCUCUACACCUCUCUGCACGGAUACUUCGUCUUCGGACCCACGGGGUGCAACCUGGAGGGCUUCUUUGCCACCCUGGGAGGUGAAGUUGCCCUGUGGUCUUUGGUGGUCCUGGCCAUCGAACGGUACGUGGUGGUAUGCAAGCCCAUGAGCAACUUCCGCUUCGGGGAGAAUCACGCCAUCAUGGGGCUCGUCUUCACCUGGAUCAUGGCACUGGCCUGUGCCGCACCCCCACUAGCCGGCUGGUCCAGGUAUAUCCCAGAGGGUAUGCAGUGCUCGUGUGGGAUCGACUACUACACGCUCAAGCCAGAGGUCAACAACGAGUCCUUCGUCAUCUACAUGUUCGUGGUCCACUUCUCCAUCCCCAUGGUCAUCAUCUUCUUCUGCUACGGACAGCUGGUCUUCACAGUAAAGGAGGCGGCUGCCCAGCAGCAGGAGUCAGCCACCACCCAGAAGGCUGAGAAGGAAGUCACCCGCAUGGUCAUCAUCAUGGUCAUCGCGUUCCUGAUCUGUUGGCUGCCCUACGCCAGCGUGGCCUUCUACAUCUUUACCCACCAGGGCUCUGACUUCGGCCCCAUCUUCAUGACCCUCCCGGCAUUCUUUGCCAAGUCAUCCUCCAUUUACAACCCUGUCAUCUACAUCAUGAUGAACAAGCAGUUCCGGAACUGCAUGCUCACCACCCUCUGCUGUGGCAAGAACCCGCUGGGUGAUGACGAGGCAUCCACCACUGCUUCCAAGACGGAGACCAGCCAGGUGGCGCCGGCCUGAGCCCUGCCAAGGACUCUGCUGCCGACUGUAGGAGUCUUCCGUCCCCCAACACCCACCCCCAGCAACAGCUGCCCCACCAGGAGCCCAGUGCCUGUCACAAUCAGGUCUCACAGGCUCCACGAGUGGUUUUUUAUUUUAAGAAUUAAUGAGAGCAAAACAGGACUCCCCACCCAACGGGGACAGCUCGGUCUGGAGUCCUGGGUUCUCAGGGGCCGGUGGGAUCAGUACCCCUCCUCCCCCCAAC